UUUGCGAUUUACGGCCCGGCGCCAUUUUGUAGGACAGAGAAAACAGUUGUUCCCCAGCGGAGACAAUCUGAGAAAUUACGAAGUAAUCAACCAUCACGAAAACUUUAAAUUCAAGAAUUACACCAUAACGACACACUGAGGACUACUCCGGGCCUACCGGCGUUGUUAAUCGUGGCGUUUUAAAAAUUAUUAUAGUAGGUUGAAUCUACGCGUUUCGUAGGGGUUGAAUGCAGAACUGAGGUGAAAGAUGACUCAGUUUCUACCACCAAACCUUUUGGCACUGUUUGCUCCUCGGGACCCCAUACCCUAUCUGCCUCAGCUGGAGAAACUGCCCCAUGAGAAACAUCACAACCAACCAUAUUGCGGCAUUGCCCCUUUUAUCAGGCACUUUGAGGAUCCCAGAGAUGCUCCUCCACCCACAAGAGCGGAGACCAGGGAUGAGAGACUGGAACGAAAGAGACGAGAGAAGAUUGAAAGGAGACAAGCAGUAGUGGAGACUGAACUCAAGUUGUGGGAUCCCCACAAUGACCCUAAUGCUCAGGGAGAUGCCUUCAAGACUCUGUUUGUGGCACGUGUGAACUAUGAUACGACUGAGUCCAAGCUUCGGCGUGAGUUUGAGGUGUACGGGCCAAUCAAAAGGAUCUACAUUGUUUACAAUAAGAGGACAGGCAAACCCAGGGGCUAUGCGUUCAUAGAGUACGAGCACGAGAGGGACAUGCAUUCGGCCUACAAGCAUGCUGACGGAAAGAAGAUUGAUGGGAGGCGGGUUUUGGUUGAUGUUGAGAGGGGGCGCACAGUCAAGGGUUGGCAGCCCCGCAGGCUGGGUGGGGGUUUGGGUGGUACACGGAGAGGAGGUGCUGAUGUCAACAUCAAGCAUUCUGGUCGAGACGACACAUCUCGGUACGAUGAGAGACCUAUCGGCGGGGAUCGGGACCGAGACAGGGGAGGCGACCGUCGAGCAGAACGGAGCCGAGAGAGCGACCGAGAGAAGGACCGAGGGGAGCGGAGGAGGUCCAGGUCUAGAGAGAGACGCAGGCGCAGCACGCGCUCGCGGGAGAGGGAGAGAGGCGACCGCGCAGCCGUGGUGCCGGGCCCCGGAGUGGGGGGCAUCGGGGACGAAAGCGGAGGAGGCAGCAGGCGGCGGGACAGGGAGAGAGAGAGGGGGGUAGCGGGUGGGGACAGCAGGAGCAGAGAGAGAAGCAGAGACAGGGAAAGGAAAAGGAGGAGUAGGAGCAGGGACAGGAAGCGGGACAGGGAGCGAGGGAAGGGAGGAGGAGAGGAAGGGGGAGACGGCGGUAUGGGGUUAGGCGACGUCAUGGGAGAUGGAGGAGAGAGGAUGCUGGAGGAUCCCAACUCUGCCGACCUGGGCAACCCUGGGCGCGAUGAGGGAAACAUGGAAGGGGACGACAGGGGGAGGGAGCGCGGGGAGAGGGACAGGGAGAGAGACAGAGAUAGGGACAGGAGGCGCAGCCACAGGGACAAAGACAGGGAUCGGGACAGAGAGAGGAGGCGGGGGGACCGAGACAGGGACAGGGACAGAGAGCACAAGCGAGACAGGGGCGACCGAGAGAGAGGCGGAGAAAGGAGGGAUGAUCGACAGCCGGCCCCGCCCUCCUCUCUGCUCCCGCCCUCUCUGGUCCAGGAUGGAGGUAGUAACAGUGAGGACAUGCCAAUGCCAGAGGAGGGCAGUCAGGAUGGAAUGAUGGACCAGGAGUCAGUGCAGUCUGGAGAAGGUUACAUCUCGAAUGAGAACGGCUACAAGAUGGAGCCACAGGUUGAAGAGUACUAAGGGUAUCUGUGUCCAUACUGUACAGUACAAGUGCUUACUCAAAACAGUGCUUACUCUUCACUUAAAUAGCGCAACUCGAGAUGUCUUCUUAUUCAGAUUCUUUAUUGCGUAUUUGCCUUGAUUUCUGACCCACCGUUGGAUGGACACCCGGAUAUAACUGAAAAAUGCCAUUAUGUCCCAGUCCCUUGCUUAAAAAGUAUUGUUAUUCUUUCAAUUGUGAGUUAGUGUCAUAAGAUUAAUCACGUAUAGCCAGAUUGGUUCAGAUUGAGAACAGUCCAGUCAUUUACAGCUCUAGGGUGCUAUUUGGUUGACUCCUAUGGCCAAUGAGGAAACAAGAAUGGCUCCUCAACCCAAAUCCAGUCCUCAUCCUGUUUUCCAGCGUAGGUUCCGUCUAGUUGUUCUGACAAAAGUUUCAAACUUUUUUUUAAAGAUUUGUCACGUGAGUAGGUCGUCUGGAGAAAGCAUGACAUGGUGAAGGUGUGUAGUGUUAUUGCUCUUUGAUAUAUCGAACACAUUUUGCCAAUGUUCAGAAUUCAAACUUGAUUGAUACAUCUAGAUUAGGACCUGGUAUGUAUGAUUUAUUUUUAAGGUAUUGCAUAAAGUAUACCCUGAAAAGGCUGUUUACAUUACAUUUAUUUACCGUCAAAUGCGCUUUGUAUGUGUAUGUGGAUCUGUUCUUGUGUAAUUUUCUGCUAACAUCCUGGUGUGGAGCUAGUUGUCACUGAAGCAAUGAUAACUUGAGAGCCGCGGUGUUAAUUUAGGUGGAUUUUCAACCUAAGAACACACACGAGGGCACUACAUAUGUCCACAUAAUAUAUAAUCUUUAUUUUGGCUUCACGUCAUUGCAUUGAAGAUAACAGUCCUUUUGAGUUUAAUGUCUGUAUGUGAUUGAUAUGCGACCAAAAUGAACAGAAUUGAGUUGAACAGAAUUUUGGUUCUUCACCCUCGACUCCCAUUUCUGUUAGUUUGGAUUCUGUAGUAUUGAUAAAUUGAUUGUAUACCAUUAUAGAUGAAGUAUCAUACUCCAAGAGGUGGAUGGGAUACUAUAAAAUGUAAGUAGCCUAUGUAUGUAGAUAUUACUAUUAUUUCAUUGUGUUAGUGCAAAACUGAGAACAGGGUUGAGAGCCGAACUGUCGGCUCAUGUCUGUUUAAGGAUGGCUGGGUUUGUUCAUUUUUGUGAAGGGGCAAUUUUGGUUCUAAGAUUUCCAACUUGGUAAUUGUUUUUUCCGCUCUCCCCAGUUUAUAAUGUGGACGUGAUGAGAGCAUGCGUUAUCUGCAAGUCGCGAUAUUUGGUUAUACUGUAUGUCGCGUCCACUAUCUUUAUAGCCUAAUAAAUGAGUUUUUUUUUUAAUCAUA